AUGUGGAAAUUCCGAGCAAAUUAUUCGAUCAGGAGCCGUAAAGCGCCGUUGCAGUCGCAUACGGAAGCACGAAAAAUUGUCGGCCUUACCUCAGCUAUCAGCUUGGAUGGACCAAAUCCUAGUGAUCUCCGUAGAACGAAUGAACUUGAGGAUGUUCUAAAACUGCACCAGAUUUUUGAGUCACAGGAAGAAAUGAAGCACAGAGCAGACGUGAUCAGAAAACUUGAUGCUUUAGUACAGCAAUGGGUUUAUAACGCAUGUGCGGGAAACAAUUUCCCUUCUCAUUUCUUAGAUCAAAUCAGAGGUAAGGUCUGUACAUUUGGAUCUUAUCAACUAGGAGUUCAUCAUAAAGGUGCAGAUAUCGAUGCCUUGUGUGUCGUACCGAGAUAUAUAAAUAGAAAAGAAUAUUUCUCUACAUUUUUUGAGUUGUUAAAAUCUCAAAAAGAAGUAAAAGAUUUGAGAGCUAUAGAAGAAGCAUUCGUACCUGUCAUUAAGAUGAAUUUCGAUGGUAUUGAGAUUGAUAUGCUCUUUGCUCAAUUACAAGGAACAAAACUUCCAGAUCCAAUGGAUCUUACGGACGACAGGUUAUUGAAAUACUUGGAUCAGAAGUGUGUCAGAAGUCUAAAUGGUUGUCGAGUGACGGAAGAAAUACUGCAAUCAGUGCCGAAUUUAGAAAACUUCAGGCUAACUUUGAAGGCCAUCAAAUUGUGGGCCAAAAAUAACGGAAUUUACAGUAACGUUUUAGGUUAUUUAGGUGGCGUUUCGUGGGCAAUAUUAGUCGCACGAACGUGUCAGCUGUAUCCAAAUGCUGCCCCAGCAACUUUAAUAGAGAAAUUUUUCCUGAUCUUCUCAAUAUGGGAGUGGCCAAGACCAGUGCUACUAAAAUCUAUUAAAAAUGUUGAUUUAGGCUUGCAAGUGUGGGAUCCUCGGGUGAAAAAAUCGGAUUAAAAUAGUUUUAUGGAGGGCUCGGGCCGGGGAAAACCCAGGGGCCCGCAAUUAGAAAGGGACCGGUCAUAAAGCGCGUCCCAGAAGAAAAGCCGUUCCGAAAACACGGUGUGUAAAUGAUGCAGGCAAUAAAAAUCACUCGAUACAAACGGGCGGUAACGACGACGACGGGAUUAAAAGAUAACAGUGUUCCUAGAAACUUGCUUCCCCGAAAAUAGCGAUGCACAUAGAGGUUUGCGGUAUGCGAGAUUUGGGUGAUAGAUUAGGCUGCACGAGGUAUGUACAGUGUAGCGCG